AGAUAUUGAACUGAAUGACGUCAACGUAACGUGCUGUGGGGAGUUUGUCUGACAGGUGUUUGAGGUGGAAAAUUAAGAAUGCGUGAACCGCUCAAAAGGUCAUCAGUCAGUUAACUGACGGCGUGUCCAAAAUGGCGACAGCUGAUGGACCAGUGACAUUCUUCAGUCUACCCUGGGAGCAUGUCAUCUGUCGGCACCUCUUCCCCUUCCUGUCCGUGAAGGAAGUCUUUCAACUACGUGUAAUCUCCACUCAGUUCCGUGACAUUGUCGACACCUUCUUCAGAACGACCUUCACCCUUGAUCUAAGUCGGGUGGCAGCAAGGGUCACAUCCGAAGCCUUCGUUCUCAUGUCACACAACAAUCUGUGUUUGAAGAAGCUCACGCUAAUCAACUCUAAAGAUUGGCUAUCAGAUACUGUCCUGAAACCCGUGCUACUCAAUAACCCCUACUUAUUGAAGGUAGAUUUAACGAACUGCUCCAACUUGACGAACCUGUGUGUGAAUGUGUUGGCAGUGAACUGUCAUGCGCUGCAGUUGCUUGUGCUGCGAGACUGCCACUGGGUCAGCAAGGAGGCUCUGACCGGGCUGCUGGUCAACUGUCGGGAGCUCGAGCACGUGGAUCUGACGGGCUGCUGGAACCUGGACGAUGAGGUCAUCAGUCAACUCAUCGUCUAUGGUAGAAAGAUCCGCUAUCUGUCUGUGUCGAAGAUCUAUGGGUUGACGGACACAGCUAUAUCUGUGAUAUCCCACAACAGCCCGAGCCUGCAGCACCUCAACAUCCAUGGCUGUUGGCGCGUCACCAACGACUCCAUCAGGCUCCUGGGAGAGUUCUGUAUGGGGCUGAAAGCUUUACAGAUCAAAGACUGUCGAGGAAUAAAUGAAAUCAGCCUAGCACGACUCCGAGCACGCGGUAUCAAGAUGGAUGUGCCCCCACCCCCACAAGCACAGACUCUGAGCUAUCUACAUCGAAAUAUUCACAACCUCAAUGUACAGAUAUGAUGUCUCGUCUGUCUCUAGGAAACACGGUUGUGUGUGUAUGUCCUACACGGGAGCUAUUCAAUGUUGACAUUGGAAGACAUACCAAGUAGUUCAUCUUCCAUCAAAUUACAUGUGUAUCUUCCAUUAUGUAAAUCACAUUAUCGCUAAUAUGUGCAGUUUGUUUUAAUGUUUCAUGAAUUGUGGGCUUUUGGCCACCAACUCAUCUGGGGAGAUGGGGCUGUAGAAAAUGAAAUCAACUUUACUUGUGUAUGUCUUUAUUAUUGUGAUCUAAGAAAUAUGUUGACACCCGAACGCUAUCUGUCAAGUUAUCCUGUACAUGCGUUUUCUCUCUUCAAAAGAUAUUGCUGUCAUAUUGAAACUGGCUUUAUUUGUCAAAUAUGCUAUUUCUCUUAUAAACAAACUGUUAAUAUUAAGAUUCAGCCGAAUAUGUAAAACUUCUUAUAUGUAACUUGUAUAGGGGCCGGAAGUCUUAAACACAAUAAAUAUCUUUAACUUUGACUUUGGGUAGGUCAAAAUCUAUAAAAAUAACUUUUUGUGUGUGUGUGCAUUAUUUUUAUUUGGCAUUAGGAAAAACUAAAUGUUUAUUACGUUAUUCAGGAUUUUCACUAUUUUGACAGUUACGUCAGUCUGAGAACUUUCUUCUCUGUGUCAGGUGUUUGCAGUGUCCAGAAACUAUAUCAUAUAUGUAUGUGUGUAUAUACAUUGUAAUGAUUAAACUUUUCCAGAGAACACACACAGGUCACUGCUGCAAUCAACACACGUCUUUAUUCAAUUACUGUACAAAUCCAACGGUCCAAACGGUCUAACAGCCCUCUCCUUCAUUCUAUUCUCACCGUGCACCCGCUUUCCUAGCAACACUAUCCCUUUGUCUGCCAUAUUUGUUCUACUUUCUUUAGAGUUAUCCCCCUUACACUUCCCAUACAUGUAUGGUAACACAAGUUACCUCCCUUUCAAGCAGAUAUUUGUGUUUGUCAAAACACCUUUACGCACACAAGAUCUUUCACCAGUCUAUGGCUCUUCAGGUGUAAUGAAAACUUUAUCGUAGUCAUAGGUGAUGCACAACAGCAGAAUUUGUGACAUCAUAAUGUCUGUGACUUAACAGUUAGUGACAAUAGUGGGAGGCAUCAAUACAUUAUGGUGUGAGUGCACAAAUAUACAUUGAACUACACAGGAAGGUUUAGGUUUCAAAAGCAUAAUGAACAUCUAUUCUUUUUCCAGUCGUAAAUGUUUGUCAUUGUUAAACAAUUUAUAAAAUGGAAAGACCUUAUUUUAGCAAUUUCUGUUUCUUAGAGUUUAAUCUGCAAGUUUGUUAUUAUUUGUUAUUUUAUGAUCGUUAUUUUGUCAUGUUUGGAUAUUUGUAUUAGAGAAAUAAGAAAACUAACUGGAAGGAUUGGAAGCAAGGAAUGUUAAUAACCAUGGUUACAGUUGCUUAUAACAGAUAUAUGUAUGUUCUUGUGCUAUGGACAAGCCUACUGGUACCCUAAACUUUGCAAAAGAAAGCUAAAAAAUAUUACAACUUGUUUUAUUGUUUUUAAGCAAAAUGUAGUAAGGAAAUGAACCACAUAUAAACCCUGACAACAUAUUUUUAAUUUGUUCUUGGCAAAUUGACUAGGGAAAUCUUUAAAGGAAGACAUUUAGGUGGUCUGACUAAAGUUUAAUUCUAGAUGAAUAAGUUAUGUAGUUAUUGUGAUGAUGAUGAAGAUGUGUGUGUAUCUGUUGUAUGUAUGUUGAAGGUAGGUGUUGUCAUAUAUGAGUGUCACAGUUGGCAGUUUACACUGACCUGGACUUUCCAUGAGGGAACAAGCAUGGGAUACUGGGACCUAUUCUUGUCUGGAAUUCCCAAAGGGAGAUAACCAUGGGAUACUGGGACCUAUUCUUUUCAGGAAUUCCCAAAGGGAGAUAAGUAUAGGGUACAAGGGACCAAUUCUUCUCAAGAAUUCCCACGGGGAGGUUAACUGUGGAUGCCUUGUGCUUCCAAACCCAUUGGGAAGAUGUCAUUGUGUGCUGGAGACGUCUUCUGCCUCUGAAACACAUUGGGGAGACAAGCAUGGUGUACUGGAGACGUCUAUUGCCUCUGAAUCACAUUGGGGAGACAAGCAUGGUGUACUGGGGAUGUCUUCUGCCUCUGAAUCACAUUGGGGAGACAAGCAUGGUGUCCUAGAGGAGUCUUCUGCCUCUGAAUCACAUUGGGGAGACAAGCAUGGUGUCCUAGAGAAGUCUUCUGCCUCUGAAUGACAUUGGGGAGACAAGCAUGGUGUCCUAGAGAAGUCUUCUGCCUCUGAAUGACAUUGGGGAGACAAGCAUGGUGUCCUAGAGAAGUCUUCUGCCUCUGAAUGACAUUGGGGAGACAAGCAUGGUGUCCUAGAGAAGUCUUCUGCCUCUGAAUGACAUUGGGGAGACAAGCAUGGUGUCCUAGAGAAGUCUUCUGCCUCUGAAUGACAUUGGGGAGACAAGCAUGGUGUCCUAGAGGAGUCUUCUGCCUCUGAAUCAAAUUGGGGAGACAAGCAUGGUGUCCUAGAGAAGUCUUCUGCCUCUGAAUGACAUUGGGGAGACAAGCAUGGUGUCCUAGAGAAGUCUUCUGCCUCUGAAUGACAUUGGGGAGACAAGCAUGGUGUCCUAGAGAAGUCUUCUGCCUCUGAAUGACAUUGGGGAGACAAGCAUGGUGUCCUAGAGAAGUCUUCUGCCUCUGAAUGACAUUGGGGAGACAAGCAUGGUGUCCUAGAGAAGUCUUCUGCCUCUGAAUGACAUUGGGGAGACAAGCAUGGUGUCCUAGAGAAGUCUUCUGCCUCUGAAUGACAUUGGGGAGACAAGCAUGGUGUCCUAGAGGAGUCUUCUGCCUCUGAAUCAAAUUGGGGAGACAAGUAUGGUGUCCUAGAGAAGUCUUCUGCCUCUGAAUCACAUUGGGAAGACUUCAUGGGGCACAGGGGAUGUCUCCUCGAGCGUGAUGAGGGGAUGAAUGUUGUUUGUCUGUGAGUGGAUGAAGAUGUCAAGUGUUGCUUGUUUUGGUCCACCUUAUAUGUAAACACGUCAGUGUUAUGAAGUCAACCAUGGUGUUACUGUUUGCAACAUGGCAUGAAUGUCAGAAGCAUCCGUGAAUAAUGGUGUGCAUGGUGAAUAACUCUUGCACAGUGGAGAAUAGAAAACUGCCAGUUCUAUUGGUGAUGCGUACAAUCAAAAACAAAUGUUACUAUGAUUCCCAUUGCUUACCAAAGUGGAUGCAAUAUGAUGUUUUUUUUAUGAAUGAAUGAAUUGGUCAAGAUUUGUCAGUAUAACCGGUGUUGCAAGAAAACUUUCAUGUUACAUCACUGUGAUUUAUGUCCAAUUGUCAGUGUCAGAGACAAAUAAAUUCAUUUACCUCCGUAUUGAAUAAUCAUUGAAUUGUACAUCACAGUAGCAUUUCUUUCGCAGAUUAUGUAUAUAUGCAGCAUAAUGAGAUAUGUCCUCCAAACAUCAUAAUCAUAAUAAUGACUCCAGGAAAGUUUUCUUUCAGAGGCCAUGCCAUAGAAUUCCUUUUCAGUUUUGGCUGUAGACAUGAUUUUCUACCCAAUUAAAUUAGGUCACUAUUAAUGAAUAUUAGAUGUCAUCCAUUUUUUAAAACUGUGUGACAUUUUAUUUUGUGCAAUUUGUUUUAAAACAAAUUAUUCAGGACUUGGUUUACAUUAACUGACAGUGGAUGUUAGUGCCAUGAAUUAUGAAUAUGAUAGGACGACUUAUAUUAUGUAUAAUGGUGUAUUUCAUCAAGACAAGCAAGCAGGGAACACUGUCCUUGGGGACAAUAAAAUGAUGUAAUGUGGGCAGAGGUGAAAAUCUAAUAAUUUGUUGACUGGUAUUAUGUUCUAUUAUGGCCUUAGACUGUACCAGGACAAUACAGUCCACUCUGAAUACAACAAAGUCUCAUACAACCAAAAAGUCAGCUAUUUCAAACCUACACUAGUAUAUUACUCAUGUAGAGUUGACUCACUGGAUAGAACACACUUUUUGUGCAGCUCCUGUGGAGUAUUAUAUCAAGAGUUGACUUACUAGAUAUAACACACUUUUUGUGCAGCUCCUGUGAAGUAUUAUAUCCAGGCUUGACUCACUGGAUAUAACACACUUUUUGUGCAGCUCCUGUGGAGUGUUAUAUCCUGUGUUGUCUAACUGUGGAUAUAACAAGCUGAUUGUGAAGAGUUAUAUCCAGAUUCAGCUGGAUUAUGUUUCAAGGUUUGUCAGUACCAUCCCUAUGCACUGUGGCUUCACCAAAGUGGUAAACGUCUAAGGCCUGGACCCCUUAGCCCACAUCAAUAACUCAAGUACUGUUCAAAGCAGCGCUAAACCAAAAUCACUCAUUCACUCGUAUGUUGUUCGUGAAUCCAAGAUUGUUGUUGAACAUAUAUUGUUACUACAGUCUUUCCUUGCAAUGUCUGAAUGUAUAUUUAUUGGUAAUAAAGAAUGUUUUCAACAUGUUUAA